AUGGAAGCCAUUGGAAUAUUUGGAACAAAACCUGGAUCGAGACUCUCCUUUUGUUCUCAAACCAAUUUAUUUCCAGCAUGCAAACUCCAUCGUUCUCCGGCAACGUCAUAUCCUCGUAACCAUGCACAUUUUGUUUCUUUGAAAGCGACGGCUAAUCCUCUGGCUUGUGAAGAUGAAGAAAAUAAUCGUAAUAUCAGAAAGCCUUUCCCUUCUAAAUGGGAUCAUCAAUCCCUCUUUGGUAACCUAGAUUUCUCACAAAUGGAUGCGAUAGGGAGAGAGAUAGAGGCACUAAAGCCACAAGUGAGGAACAUGUUCAUAUCUUCCAAAGGCAUUAAGAAGAAAUUUCUUUUUACCUAUUUGCUUGUGACACUUGGUGUCGCAUAUCAUUUCGAGGAUGAGAUCGUGGAGACUCUAAAAGAUGGUUUCCAAAAGAUAGAGGAGAUGAUGGCGGGUGAAGAUGAUUUAUACACUGUUUCAGUCAUUUUCUAUGUUUUCAGGACAUAUGGUUACAACAUUUCUUCUGAUGUUUUUGGGAGAUUCUUAGGGGACCAUGGAGAAUUUAAGAAAUGUCUUACAAGAGAUGCUAAGGGUAUACUAAGCUUGUAUGAAGCUGCGCAUAUGGGGACGACUACAGAUUAUAUAUUGGAUGAAGCUUUAACCUUCACAUUAAGUAACUUGGAGUCGUUAAGUUGUACAUGCAAACCUAAUCUCUCAAGACUUAUACGAAACUCUUUGGGUCUACCACAGCAUAAAAACAUGGAGAUAUUAGUGGCAAAGGAAUUUAUCCGGUUUUACGAAAAAGAAGAAGAUAGCGACCUGACGCUACUCAAGUUUUCCAAGCUUAACUUUAAAUUCCUCCAGCUACUUUACCUUCAAGAACUCAAAAUCCUUUCAAAAUGGUACAAGGAACAAGACUUUGAAUCUAAGUUGCCACCUUACUACAGAGACAUACUCGUGGAAUUGAACCUCCAUACGCUAACGUACCUGGAGCCAAAAUAUUCACGAGUGAGAAUUUUUCUGACAAAAUUUUACGUGAUGCAAGUAAUAGUAGAUGAUACGUGUGACAGAUAUGCUUCUCUUCGCGAGGUCGAAAUCCUCGCCCAUAUAUUUGAAAGGUGGGAUCUCGACGAUCAUGCCAUGGAUAGACUACCAGAUUAUUUAAAAUCAGUGGUUGAAUUUGUAAUUGGUACAUUCCAAGAAUUUGAAAGAGAACUUGGCUCAGAAUUAGGAGCGGUUUACAGUAUGGAAGCUACAAUUGAAUACUUCAAGAGAUAUAUGAGAAGCAACCUUCAACUCGCCAAAUGGGCAAGUGUGGAUUACUUGCCUAGCUUUCAGGAGUACCUAGAUGUUGCUGGACUCGAGAUUGCCUUAGAUUUUACUUUGGCAUGUGUUUUGAUGGCCAUGAAGAAUAUCUGCAAGGAAGAAGCUUAUGAGUGGUUGAAAUGUAGAGACAAACUCAAUAAAGCAAUUGCCACAAAAGCACGAGUAUUUAAUGAUAUGUUUGGCUAUGAGGAUGACAUGAACAGAGGAUAUCUGACGGGCUCGGUCAACUGUUAUAAGAAGCAAUAUGGAGUUACUGAAGAAGAAGCAUUCAGAAAGCUUCAUCAGUUGAUUGCGGAAUAUGAUAAGAUGAUGAAUGAGGAGAUUUUGAAGCCAAUCAAUGUGCCCCGCCAGGUUCUGAAGGUAGUCAUGAUCGACACUUUACGUGCUGUAAAUGUUGCCUACAAUAAACAAGAUGGCUUCACCCGUCCCGAUGGACAUCUCAAGAAUAUAACGUCUAUGCUUGUUGAUCUUUGA